UCCUUUCUCUCCUCCUCCUUCCUUCUCCCUUCACUUAUCCACUCUGGCUUUUCUUUCUCUCUCUCUCUCACUCCUUUCUCUCCCCCUCCUCCCUUCUCUUCUCCAACUGAACUCUUAACAAACACAGGCAGAAAGAACCAAACCUCACCCAUCAACAACCCAACUAACUACGGAACCGACUACAAAGACAUUCCACGGUACUCCAUCGCCUUCACCGUGGCAACCAACACUAUGUUUCAUGACCAC